CUCAGCCUCCCAAAGUGUUGGGGUUACAGGCAUGAGCAUCCAUGCACGGCCUGAUGGAGGGCAUUUUCUACGUUCUCUCCUUUAACCCUGGGGCCUCCUGGUUGGUGAAAGUAGGAAGAGAGAGAGCAACCCCAUAAUCUUUGAGAGAGAGUUAUCACUUGAAUUUCCCCAAGGCUUCAAAUUCUCCUGCAGCCCUCUCAUGUUGCAAGCCUGGCAGUACAGUUUAAAGGUUGCAAACAAAGCUGAGUGCUCUCUCCUGAUGCAUCUGGGCCCCUCCGUCUGUCAUCCGUCAUUGUCAGUGGGAGAUGUAUGUGUAGCUGCACAAGGGCAAAGUCUGACCCCGAGGGUAUUGGAAAUGUUCUUAGAGUAGGCAUUGUUUGCUCACGCCCUUUGGAAGUCAAGCUCUAGACAUUCUAGGGAGCAGCCCUUGGCUUAGGAAGAACUGCAGUCUACAUGGAAAGAGGGGAUAUUCUGCUUUUACAAACUACAGGAACUUUAUUCCACCCUCCUAGCAUAAUUCUACAAUGCUUUUGAUUAUACUCAGCCUCUUCUCUUUUUCAUUUCUGAUCUCUUUUUGGUGAAAGUCUUGGGGAGAAUUCUGAAACAGGGAGGCGAAGACUUGGAUUGCAUUGGUUUUUAUUCAAAGAGCAUCAACAUGUAAAUAACCAAAGAAAUAAAAGCUGAUAAGAUGGAACAAAUGAAUAAUAGGAAAAAAAAUAAAAUAAUGCUCUUUGCAAACACAGCGAAGCAAUUUCCUGGGAGGAAAGGAGAGACGACACUCUGUGUCUUGUUCGGGACAGGAGGGCGGGGCUCCAAGCUUCUGGAGACACAUUAAAAACGCCUGGAACACACAAAGCCCCUGGCUGAGCCUUGGAGCGUGGUGGAGAGGGUGUGCAGCGCUGAGUGGAGCCUCCAUGUGUCUUUGCACGUGGACGGGGAGGAUUGCCCAUGUGCGGGUCCUCCAUGCACCUCCGUGUCUCCAUAAAUUUGUCAUUUGGGCUUCUCUCCGUGUUUCCCAGGAGUGGAUUUAUGUUGUCAAAAACUUAAUGGGAGAGUGUCUCAGUUUUGAAAUUUUCUGUGCAUAAAAAUGACAUUACUGUUGUUUUUCUUUUUAUUGGUGGUGGUGGUGGAUGUUGGGGCAUGUAUCCAGGUAUCAUUCCAAAAGCCUGACCAGGAAUAGAGUUGUUGUUGUGUUAACAAGGGACAGGGCUAUGUGGAUUUGGUAUAGCAUACUGGGAAUUUUCUUUGCAUCACUUACCUGGGACAUGACGGCCCGUUUCUGAUCUGGAAACUGGGCCUAAUACCUUCUCCUACCGCCAUGAGUGGGUUGCUGUGAAGAUCACAUGAGGUGAUGUAAAUGGUGACGGGGGAGGAAGAAGAUGUUUGCUUGUGAGGGGUCCAGAUUAGUCAACAACAUAUUUAUGGAUCCUCAGUUUUGUAUUUUAAUUCAUUUGAACAUGACUUUAUUAUAUCAUUCAAUAUAGAAGUUACGAGGUUUCACAAACUCAGACUUAAAUAUGGAAAUAUUAUUUUCUUGUUAGAAUCCCAUUCGGCUAGAAAUCUGAGUAUCCGGUCUUUAUUUUUCCCCCUUCUUCACAUUUUGUUGCCUCCUCCCCGCCCUCCCUGCCCGCCCUUCAUUUUGGCUCGCUGCAACCUGAGUACCACUUUUCUGGGAAAGCCUGAUAUUCUGACUUCAGUUUUGUAAUUUAAUGAUGGAGAGUUUCCUUAGUAAACCAAAUUUAGAGUCCUAGAAUGCUUAUCUUAUAUCCAGACCUUGAACAUAAAAGGCAUUUUAUACCCGCAAUUGUUCAUUUAAUGAGCAAUUGCAGAGUGCAGGCCGGUUAAGGGAUUGAGCUAUAUGCACUAUUAUUGCAAGAAGUAUUCCGAAAUACCAGAAAUAGGACGUAAGCUCUGAUCAGGGAGACUGCGAGCACAAUUACCUUCUUUUCAAAUCCUUCUGUGACACUGCGGGAGGAAAAAGGACUUUGAAACUUGAAAGGAAAGAGCUUGCUUUCAACCUCAAAAGCUAGGAGGAAAGGGCUCUGAAAUUUGCCCAGAAUUCCCAAUUCACCAUUAGCCUGUUUCUUCCUUUAGCCUCAAGGCAUUCUCCGCUUUUUGAAAAGAUGUUAAGAAAUUCAGUCACAAUAGAGAGCCUAGUUUUGAACAUGUUUCACUCGGUCCAUUGAGGUCUGGGCUCCAGCCUUUGUGUGGGGUGAAUUGAGCUGAGCGGCUAGCUGGUUGGAGAGAGGUGAAUGAGGAGUCGCUGUGCACUCGCAAAUUCUGGCAAAGAAAAAAGCUCACCCCUUCCUUUAUUUUACAAUAUGCAUUCCUGUACAAUCCUGCUAGUGGCAAUAUGUGGAGCGGAGCCUGUUCUUAAGUCAAUACAGGGUACUUGGUUUAUAGCAACUCUUGUUAAGUUUGUCUUGUAAUUGAAGCUGCUGUUGACCUUGCUUGGGGACCAUUUGUAAAACCGUUUAUUUAGCAUAAACUGAAAUAAUAAACCCUCCUUCUCUCAGGCUGAUUGUGAUAGGGUGACAUUAGUUUGAUUUAAUGAUUAGCCGCCUGACCCUUCUGCUGGAGAGAGAGGCUUGAAUAGGGAGAGUUCACUCGGAAGCACUCAGAAAGAAUACUAAUGAGCUUGUUAAAUUUAGCAUGGCUCCAACCGCUUUUAAUUCCUCUAAUGGGAGCAGCACUGCCUGGGAGAGGGAGAGGGAGAGGGAGAGGAAGGCAGAGAGACACCCAGAAUGUUCCUAGAGGGUCUGCACAGCUAGAGAAAGCUCACCAAGAGAAGUUGGCACAAAGUAGCUAGCCAGAGCCCGGGGACUGUGUUAGGAUGAAAGUCCUGGACAGACUUAUCACAGAGAGAGAAGAAACGCAAUCACUAUGCAGCCACAGAACGUGCAGGGGCUCAGCAAAGUCAGUGAGGAACCUUCAACAUCAAGUGACGAGAGGGCCUCAUUGAUCAAGAAGGAGAUCCAUGGGUCGCUGCCACACCUGGCGGAGCCCUCUGUGCCAUACCGGGGGACGGUGUUUGCCAUGGACCCCAGGAAUGGUUACAUGGAGCCCCACUACCAUCCCCCUCAUCUUUUCCCUGCCUUCCAUCCUCCUGUACCAAUUGAUGCCAGACAUCACGAGGGCCGUUACCAUUACGAUCCCUCUCCGAUUCCUCCAUUGCAUAUGCCUUCUGCCUUAUCUAGUAGCCCGACCUAUCCGGACCUGCCCUUCAUUAGGAUCUCCCCGCACCGGAACCCCGCUGCUGCUUCCGAGUCUCCCUUCAGCCCUCCGCAUCCCUACAUUAAUCCCUACAUGGACUACAUCCGCUCCUUGCACAGCAGUCCGUCGCUCUCCAUGAUCUCAGCAACUCGUGGGCUGAGCCCUACAGACGCUCCCCAUGCAGGAGUCAGCCCAGCAGAGUACUAUCAUCAGAUGGCCCUGCUAACCGGCCAGCGCAGCCCCUAUGCAGACAUUAUUCCCUCGGCUGCCACUGCCGGCACAGGGGCCAUCCACAUGGAAUAUCUUCAUGCUAUGGAUAGCACCAGAUUCCCCAGCCCCAGGCUGUCAGCCAGGCCGAGCCGAAAACGUACACUGUCCAUAUCACCACUGUCCGAUCAUAGCUUUGACCUUCAGACCAUGAUAAGGACGUCUCCCAACUCCUUGGUCACGAUUCUCAAUAAUUCCCGUAGCAGCUCUUCAGCAAGUGGCUCCUAUGGUCACUUAUCUGCAAGUGCAAUCAGCCCUGCCUUGAGCUUCACCUACUCUUCUGCGCCCGUCUCUCUCCACAUGCAUCAGCAGAUCCUAAGCCGACAGCAGAGCUUAGGUUCAGCCUUUGGACACAGCCCUCCACUUAUCCACCCUGCCCCAACUUUUCCAACACAGAGGCCUAUUCCAGGGAUCCCUACGGUUCUGAACCCCGUCCAGGUCAGCUCCGGUCCUUCCGAGUCCUCACAGCAGAACAAACCCACGAGUGAGUCUGCAGUGAGCAGCACUGGUGACCCGAUGCACAACAAGAGGUCCAAGAUCAAACCCGAUGAAGACCUCCCCAGCCCAGGGGCUCGGGGGCAGCAGGAAGCGCCAGAAGGAACAACCCUUGUCAAGGAGGAAGGGGACAAAGAUGAAAGCAAACAGGAGCCUGAAGUCAUCUAUGAGACAAACUGCCACUGGGAAGGCUGCACGAGGGAGUUCGACACCCAAGAGCAGCUUGUGCACCAUAUAAAUAACGACCAUAUUCAUGGAGAGAAGAAGGAGUUUGUGUGCAGGUGGCUGGACUGCUCAAGAGAGCAGAAACCCUUCAAAGCCCAGUAUAUGUUGGUAGUGCAUAUGAGAAGACACACGGGCGAGAAGCCUCACAAAUGCACUUUUGAAGGUUGCACAAAGGCCUACUCGAGACUAGAAAACUUGAAAACACACUUGAGAUCUCACACUGGAGAGAAACCAUACGUCUGUGAGCACGAAGGUUGCAACAAGGCUUUCUCAAAUGCCUCUGAUCGCGCCAAGCACCAAAACAGGACGCAUUCCAAUGAGAAACCAUAUGUGUGCAAAAUCCCGGGCUGCACUAAGCGUUACACAGACCCAAGCUCCCUCCGGAAACACGUGAAGACAGUGCACGGCCCAGAGGCUCAUGUCACCAAGAAGCAGCGAGGGGACAUCCAUCCUCGGCCCCCACCCCCGAGAGAUUCCAGCAGCCAUUCACAGUCCAGGUCGCCUGGCCGGCCGACUCAGGGAGCCCUCGGUGAGCAGCAGGACCUCAGCAACACUACCUCAAAGCGGGAAGAAUGCCUCCAAGUGAAAACCGUCAAGGCGGAGAAGCCCAUGACAUCUCAGCCAAGCCCUGGUGGUCAGUCUUCAUGCAGCAGCCAACAGUCCCCCAUCAGCAACUAUUCCAACAGUGGGCUCGAGCUUCCUCUGACCGAUGGAGGUAGUAUAGGAGACCUCAGUGCCAUUGAUGAAACCCCAAUCAUGGACUCGACCAUUUCCACUGCAACCACAGCCCUUGCUUUGCAAGCCAGGAGAAACCCGGCAGGGACCAAAUGGAUGGAGCAUGUAAAACUAGAAAGGCUAAAACAAGUGAAUGGAAUGUUUCCACGACUGAACCCCAUUCUACCCCCUAAAGCCCCUGCAGUCUCUCCUCUCAUAGGAAAUGGCACACAGUCCAACAAUACCUGCUUGGGUGGGCCCAUGACCCUUCUCCCGGGCAGAAGCGACCUCUCUGGGGUGGACGUCACCAUGCUGAACAUGCUCAACAGGAGGGACAGCAGCACCAGCACCAUCAGCUCGGCCUACCUGAGCAGCCGGCGCUCCUCGGGGAUCUCGCCCUGCUUCUCCAGCCGCCGCUCCAGCGAGGCGUCGCAGGCCGAGGGCCGGCCGCAGAACGUGAGUGUGGCCGACUCCUACGACCCCAUCUCCACCGACGCCUCGCGCCGCUCCAGCGAGGCCAGCCAGUGCGACGGCCUGCCCAGCCUGCUCAGCCUCACGCCCGCCCAGCAGUACCGCCUCAAGGCGAAGUACGCGGCCGCCACGGGCGGACCGCCGCCCACGCCCCUGCCCAACAUGGAGAGGAUGAGCCUGAAGACGCGCCUGGCGCUGCUUGGGGACCCCGUCGAGCCCGGCGGGGCCCUGCCUCCAGUCCACGUCCCGAGGAGGUGCAGCGACGGGGGAGCCCACGGCUACGGGCGGCGCCAUCUGCAGCCGCACGACGCGCCGGGCCACGGGGUGAGGAGGGCCAGCGACCCCGUGCGCACGGGCUCCGAGGGCCUGGCCCUGCCCCGCGUGCCGCGCUUUGGCAGCCUCAGCAGCUGCAACCCCCAGGCAAUGGCCCCCACGGCGGAGAAGCGCAGCCUCGUGCUUCAGAAUUACACGCGGCCCGAGGGCGGCCAGCCCCGAAACUUCCACUCGUCCCCGUGUCCUCCUAGCAUCACCGAGAACGUCACCCUGGAGUCCCUGAGCAUGGACGCUGAUGCCAACUUGAACGAUGAGGAUUUCCUGCCGGACGACGUGGUGCAGUAUUUAAAUUCCCAGAACCAAGCAGGGUACGAGCAGCACUUCCCGAGCGCUCUCCCGGAUGAGAGCAAAGUGCCCCACGGGCCCGGUGACUUUGACGCGCCCGGGCUACCAGACAGCCAUGCUGGCCAGCAGUUCCAUGCCCUGGAGCAGCCCUGCCCCGAGGGCAGCAAAACGGACCUGCCCAUCCAGUGGAACGAAGUCAGCUCCGGAAGCGCCGACCUGUCCUCCUCCAAGCUCAAGUGUGGCCCGCGGCCCGCCGUGCCACAGACUCGCGCCUUUGGGUUCUGCAACGGCAUGGUGGUCCACCCGCAGAACCCCUUGAGGAGCGGGCCCGCUGGUGGCUAUCUCGGGGAGAACAGCAGCCCCUAUGGCGGCCCAGAGCACUUGGUGCUGCACAGCAGCCCCGGAAGUGGCACCAGUGGAAAUGCCUUCCAUGAACAGCCCUGCAAGGCCCCGCAGUAUGGAAACUGUCUCAACAGGCAGCCAGUGGCCCCUGGUGUGCUAGACACUGCCUGUGGGGCAGGGAUUCAAGCCCCAAAGCUGAAAAGCACUCCCAUCCAAGGGAACGGGGGCCAGCUGAAUUUCAUCCUGCCGGUAGCGCCAAAUGAGUCAGCUGGCAGCACGGUAAAUGGCAUGCAGACCCAGGACCCAGUGGGACAGGGGUACCUGGCUCACCAGCUCCUUGGCGACAGCAUGCAGCACCAGGGGGCAGGUCGUCCCGGUCAGCAGAUGCUUGGGCAGGUUAGUGCUACCUCACAUAUCAACAUCUAUCAAGGGCCAGAGAGCUGCCUGCCAGGGGCUCAUGGCAUGGGCAGCCAGCCGUCAAGUUUGGCAGUCGUCAGGGGCUACCAGCCGUGUGCCAGCUUUGGGGGCAGCAGGCGCCAGGCUGUGCCGAGGGGCAGCUUUGGUCUGCAGUCAGGACAGCUCAGUGACACAAGUCAGACCUGCAGGGUGAAUGGCAUCAAGAUGGAGAUGAAAGGGCAGCCCCAUCCGCUGUGCUCUAAUCUGCAGAAUUACUCUGGUCAGUUCUAUGACCAAACCGUGGGCUUCAGUCAGCAAGACACAAAAGCUGGUUCAUUCUCCAUUUCAGACGCCAGCUGCCUGCUACAGGGGACCAGUGCCAAAAACUCUGAGUUACUUUCCCCAGGUGCUAAUCAGGUGACAAGCACAGUGGACAGCCUCGACAGCCAUGACCUGGAAGGGGUACAGAUUGAUUUUGAUGCCAUCAUAGAUGAUGGGGACCACUCCAGCCUGAUGUCUGGGACCCUGAGCCCAAGUAUCAUUCAGAACCUUUCCCAUAGCUCCUCCCGUCUCACCACGCCUCGGGCAUCCCUCCCGUUCCCAGCGCUGUCCAUGAGCACCACCAACAUGGCUAUCGGGGACAUGAGUUCUUUGCUGACCUCCCUAGCGGAAGAAAGCAAAUUCCUUGCAGUUAUGCAAUAGGCUUUAGGAAAGAAAAGGACUGCAACAAACGUAAAUCUAUAGGAGCCGAAAAGAUUAAACUGACUUUGUUUUGGCUGUUUUUUUUAGUUCUGUAUGUAUUUUAGCAUCUCAUCUCACCUACCUGGGAUGUGUUUCAAAUAUAUUCCUUUUAUGGAAAAGGACUCUGAAAAACCCUAAAGUAUUCUAGGGAGAAACUGUCUUCCAUUUCAGUUUUGAAUCAGUAUUGUUACACUCAAACCACACUCUUUUUAAAAAAACAAACAAACAAACUGUAAGCCCGCCCCCUUUUUUAGUAAACCGAUGUAAAUGUGUGAUGUGCAUAUUCUUUCUUUUAGAAGAGCAGUCGAAUUAAAGGAUUUGACAUGUUUUGCUGUUGCUCAAAGGAAAUAGGAGUUGGUGUGCUUGUGACCACGGGGUUACACUUCCAGCUUUUAAGAUUCUCCUUUACACGUGCUCAGUGUUUUGUGUUUUGGUUUCUGUUUUUUAUUUUAAUUCCCACAUUGGGCACAAGAAUCAGAAUAUGGAUAGCGAGUUUAAGAAUCUUUUGUGGUGCAUUGUAGCAUAGAUGGCAGAAUACUGAUGUUCUCCCCAUCCCCAAUUCAGUUCAGGACACACUUUCCACAGUUACACAGAAGUGGGAACGUGGGGCUCUUGCAAAUGAAAUAGGCGCUCACAGUUUCGGUUUUCAGCUCUUUGUGUUCGAAAGUGUGCUUUGGGGGAGGCUGUGUCUGUAUGGCUGGUUCUCAGUUACCACAUUUGCCUCUCCUCCCACUACUUCCAUGAACAUUCAUUGCUGUUUAACACUGCAGCCAGAGAGAAGGGACAGGCAGGUGGUGACAUUCAGCCACGUUGCUACUUCUGUCUGUUCUGGUAAGAAAUUAGAGAGCUUGUAGAUUGAAGCAACUGGAUAGAAUUAGUUGGGGGAAUAUUUGUGGGUUUGUUGUAUUUGUUGAUUAGUUCCAUCUCUUUCCAUUAUAACUGAGAAUGGAUUAUAUAUAGCUCUAAGUAUAUAGGUAUUUAAACAACCCCACAAGCAGCUGUAUCAGUAACAUUUAUUAAUUCCGCUACAGUGAAGAAGAAAUUCUAUUCCGAAUACCUUAUUUUGAAGGAUUUAUAAAAUUUAGUUGUAAAAGAGAAAGCCCACACAAUGGGAAUAAAUUGCUUCAGCCAUUUUUAGUGUUUGAGAGCCCUAGGGAAGGUGUUUAGUAGCUGUGUGGAUGCCUUUUUUCACACCCUGUCUAUUGAAUGCUGCAUCCAUUGACCAAGUUAAAUGUUACAUGUGGUUAGUCCAUAAUGUGGACUAGAUCUGUACUUCUGUUUUGGAUUAAAACAUUUAAAGAUUUUUGAAGUGCAGCUAUGCCCCAUGUGCAGUUGAUACACAUAAAAGUCAUACUAUGUGUGCACAAAGAGUACAUGGAUUUUCCAGCAUAUUGCUUUAAAAAUAUAUAAACUAUUAAAAUAUGAACACCUGGGGCUACCUGCUAUAUUCUGUCCCAUUGACCCCCGGAAUUGGAUUUAUUGCAAGUGAUUGAUAAUUCAAUUAUGUGGCUUUUCCCCUUUAUUCCUGCCAUUUCAAUUACAGUAGAAAGACAAAAAUCAAGUAAAAUAAAAUAUUAGAUAAUAGAGCGUUAGGACCAGCCCACUUUUCUCAUGUUUAUGUUGCUUUCAUUUGGACCAAGAAUCUCUGCAUGGAGGUUGAUUUGCCGUUGGGGACUUUGGCUAAGACUGUUGGGUUUGCUUUCAACUAGAUGUUCCUGAGAUGAGCAGAGGGAUGCUGCAAUUCCCCCUCCAUGCCUGCUUGUCUUCCCCCAUGUAAGUCGUCUUUGAAAUUAAAGGAUGUGUCUCCUUUGGAACAGCCCCAGAACAAAAGAAAUGAGUGAUCUGAGCUUAGGAGAGUAGAGGCUCUACCACUUUUCAGCUGAAAAAGCAAGGCUUUCUCUGUUUCUGAAACAGGACAUGAUGUUAUCACAAUAUCAGAGAUCCAGUCUCACUUGUCCAUGAAUCUCCAUAUCUCCAGGUCCUGGUCUUAUCUUGUGUGCUCAUGAUGGUUUGGCUCUAUCCCUUUCCAACCCUUGUUUUCAAAGCAUCGGGCCUGAGUGUUCUCCACUCCUCCUGAGCAAGGAUCUUGGAUGGAAGGCACUAUGCUGACCUCCUCCAUCAAUGGGCUCUUCCAGUAAUAUUCUCAGAUGCAACUGCAUUUCUCAGUUACCAUCGUUUCCUGCAUCAGCUUCGUCCUUUGUGGAGGGAUGAAUGUGAUCAGACCCACCACUGUUGCCUUGUGCUUCUGCUCCUUCCUAUGGUUUCAGGUCAUUUUCUGGGUUUGCCCCAUUUUUUUUUCAUAUUUGCUUCCCUUGCUAUUGCUUUUAGAUUUGCAGGAGAUGCAAGUUUCACCUCAAUGGUUGGCUUCUCUCAAUAUGGAAAUUUCAGGAUGGAGGAGAAGAGGGAGGGAAGAAGAAAGUAUACUCUUCCAGAAUUUAAAUGAUCUGUCGUGGCAGUUCAGUGGAAGGAAGGUCUUUUGAGGUCACUUAGAAGCAUCCUUUUGGGCACCUUUGGGGAUCUCUGUAGGCUAGGCAUCUCAUAUCUUGAGACCCAUCUCCAGCCUCCAAGCCUCUCUCCAUUUCUCUAACCUAUGUAUUUAGAGCGAGAGGACCGCCUCACUAGUGUCACCAUCCUGCCUUUUAUAAAAAACGCAGGCUCACACCUGGUACUCCUACUUAAUGUCUGUGUCAAACCUUUUAUUUUUCUAACCAUUUUUGUUUUAUUUUUCUGAAAAAGUUAACCCCUCCCAACUCCUCACACAUUGGCUCUUCCUCUUGAGCCACAAAGUUUUGAUUCUUGCGAUGUAUGUGCCUUAUUUUAUGUUAAUCUUGUCAAUGAGAGGGACCAGUUGGUGUUGCCCAGUCAGCACUCCAAGGCUGUGCAUGCACUGGCCGGAGAGUGCGCGAUGGUAGCAGAGUCGGGGCUGUCUUGUAUCCUGGUUUCCUGUGUUGUUUUGAACUGAUAGGAGGAUGUUCUCUUCUGACAAGUUACCCUUGUGUAUCCUGCAGAUGUGUAAAAUAAAAUACAAGUUCAUUUUUUUCACCUUUUUUAGAUUUUUAAAAAAUAAAAUGUGUAAUCCUUUUUUAAAAGAAACACAUGUAAAUACAUUUAAGUAUUGUAGGCAUAGUGUUCUGAUGUGACUGGCCCAGGUGUUCCCCGGAAAAGCCUGCAGUCCCAGUGAUCUUGCCCACCUCAAGCCCGGGGCUGCAGCCCAGCCACAGAUGAACUCUACCUUUGCUUUCAGAACCACUUAGUCCUUUUGUAACAAAGAAAAAAAAAUGUUUCUUACAAUGUCAAUAAAAAAUUCUUUGUACGGAAA